UUGCUCGUCGGUUGCUACUGGUGCUCCUCUUCUACCAAAGCUCUCACUCUUCUGCAUUUUUCUUCCGUUGCUUAGCUCCAGUUCAUUCGUGUCGUCGAUUCAGUCUUGUUCGCUGUGACGAGUCUCCAAGUCCUCUUGCGCUCUGGUGAUAUUGAUAUCCUUGUAGAUCAGUCAAUCACCCCCAUCCACACAUUUCACUGCAACGACAAAAGCCCUCCCAGAACAACGCGGAAACCAUGGCUCGGGAGCCCGAAACCCCAACGCCUUACAAUGACACCCCCCAGACUCCCCUUGCAAAACUCGCCCCUUGGGAGUCUGUUGAAGAGUCUCGAGAUCACCUGUCACUUCCAAAUGCUCGGUCCCCCAACAUGGGGGCGUCAAAACUGAACGAGCCGAGUUUUGACGACUUCCGUCGCCUAUCUUUAAGUCCUGCUGCGAGCCCGCUUCUCGAACCCAUACCUUCGGGGCGUUUUGUUAGCCCCGGCACGGAUGCACAAAUACAAGAACAACCUUCCGGGUGGAAGAAGUUCUGGAUCAGAAACAAGCCCGCCAUCUGCGUUGCGCUGUCACAAUUAUUCGGGUCCUUGAUGAACCUAAGCGCUCGCCUCGUCGAGCUCGAGGGCAAUGGCAUGCACCCCGUCCAAGUUCUCCUCCUCAGACAGCUCAUUACCUCAAUAUGUUGUUCGAUAUACAUGUGGUGGAUGAAGACGCCCGGCUUCCCUUUUGGUCCCAGGAGUAUUCAACAUCUCCUGGUGUUCCGAGGCGUGUCUGGCUUCUUUGGUAUUUUUGGUGUUUGGUAUUCGAUGAUGUACAUCCCUCUGGCAGAUGCUACCGUCAUUACCUUCCUUGCGCCGGGAGUUGCGGGACUCAUUUGCUAUUUCGUCCUCAAGGAACCCUUCACUCGACUCGAACAGCUUGCGACUCUAGUGGCCCUCAUGGGUGUGGUGCUGAUUGCAAAGCCAGUCUCCUUCUUCUCACGUUCGACGGACGAGGAGGCAAGUGAAACUCCUGAUUCAGGAAUUCCAGGUGGCGACCAUGUUGCAACGGCCGAGGAACGCUUGAUCGCCGUCAGUGUUGCCCUCUUUGGUGUACUGGGAGCCGCUGGUGCUUUCACAGCUCUUCGAACGAUUGGAAAGCGAGCGCAUCCCUUGAUUUCCGUCAACUACUUUGGCGUCAUCUCCACCAUUAUCUCGAUAACCGCCCUGACCCUCGCACCUGUUCUCAACGUUGAUCAGCCCGGACUCAAAUGGAUCACCCCGUCUACCGCCAAGCAGUGGUUGCUUCUUCUACCCCUGGGUCUGAUGGGCUUCAUCAUGCAGUACCUGCUGACAACGGGACUUGGGUCAGACAAGUCCAACCGGGCCAAUGCCAUGAUUUACACUCACAUGUUGUUCGCCGUCAGCUUCGAUAGGUGGGUGUUUGGACACCGGAUGGACCUAAUGAGUGGCGCGGGAUGCACUUUGAUCCUGGGGAGUGCUGUUGGUGUUGUGCUGAUGAAGAAGUCUCCGCCAACGAAACCUCCGUCUGACGAUGAAGAAAUGCUUGGAAAUCUAUUAGGUGAGUCUGAAGGCUCACCAAUGCUUUUGGAUGCAACUGGGUCACCUGAGGAAUUGCGCAUUUCUCGAUAGAGGAUAGAUAGAUAUUGGGCAUAGGAUUCAUAAAUGGAGUCUGGGUUGGUUUACAUCGGGAUAAUAUAUGGGCCAUUCUGAGGCUAUGAGUACAGUCGUUUGCUUUCUUCUCAAAAUAUCUUGUGAAGCCUGUAAUCUAUCAUUCGCGCCCGCCAUUUAAUAGCGUGUCUCACC